AUGCAUCUCCGAAAUUUAUUGCCUUCUAAUUUAUAUGACGUAGUUGAUAGAGCUGGUAUAUCCACUGAAAGACAAAUUAUUCUUUUGUCAAUUUGGGAUAUCAAAAAGUGCACGAAUUUGAGUUUAGAUGAUAUCUUGUUGCUCAAAAAUAUUGUGACUGAAUACAUAAGCCCUGCGGUUUAUACGGGUAACGAAGAACUGAAGAAGUUUAAUUGUACUAAAUUAGGAGUGACAACAGGUUGUGCUGGAAUAGAUCAUCUGCUGGCAGGUGGCUUACGUAGAGGUACAUUAACAGAAGUUUAUGGUGAAAGUGCUAGUGGAAAGACCCAGUUGGGUCUACAAGUAACACUUACUAACUGGGCUCAGGGCUGUGUUUACAUUUGCACUGAAGAUUUGUUCCCAACCAAAAGAUUUGAACAAAUGAAAAUGUCGCUUCCACAGUUUGAUUCAAGAAUUGACUAUGGGAAAAAUAUCUUUGUGGAACAUAUAACAGAAGCAAGCUUUUUAUUGUCUUGUUUAAGGGUUAGGUUGCCCAAAUUGCUAGAGCAGCAUAAAUUAGCUCUUAUUGUUAUUGAUUCUGUAGCAGCACCAUUUAGAUGUGAAAGUAAUAACUAUGUAAAGAGAGCUGAAGAUUUAAGAGAAGUUGCUAUACUUUUAACAUCAAUGGCUCAAAAGUUUAACUUGGCCAUUCUAUGUAUAAACCAAGUCACAACAUCAUUUGAAGACUCCAGCAGUGUAUUUCCAGCUUUAGGUCUGGCAUGGUCUAACAUGGUUACCACCAGACUUAUGUUAAAGAAGACUUCAAAUAUAUUAGAUGAUAAAAGUCUAGCAAAAUUGAGUAAUCAACAGAUCACUUGUAAUUAUGAAACUUAUGUUAGGGAACUGCAAGCAGAUAAAUUGACUCAGGAAGAGCGCGACAGUCAGCUCCAGCCACUGCUGCAGUCUGGUUGGAAAGUACAAAACAACCGGGAUGCAAUUGAGAAAGAAUUUCAAUUCAAGGAUUUCAAUCAGGCUUUUGGUUUCAUGACCAGAGUAGCACUGCUGGCUGAGAAAAUGGACCAUCACCCAGAAUGGUUUAAUGUGUAUAAUAAACUGCAAGUCACCCUGUCUUCUCAUGAUGUCAAUGGUUUAAGUAAGAGAGACAUCAGAAUGGCAACAUUUAUGGACAAAAACUACAGCACUUAG